UCUUCGCAGACUCAUGAGUAUCUUCACCAACGAGCCUCAGACAUAACUCUCGAGGACUACGAAUAUGUUAUUGUAGGCUCCGGCCCUGGUGGUUCGCCACUAGCUGCUCGACUUGCUCUCGCUGGCUACAAAGUCUUGCUUAUCGAUGCUGGAGGUGAUUACGGAAACGCAACUAUUCUACAAGUACCGGCUCUCCACCCUUUUGCAUCCGAGUAUGAGCCUAUCACUUGGGACUUCUUUGUUCAGCACUAUGCAGAUUUGGAACAACAGAAAAUGGAUUCCAAGAUGACCUAUAAACUACCUGAUGGCAGCUACUAUGUUGGCUUGAACCCACCCGAAGAUGCAACCCCGCUGGGAAUCUUGUAUCCUAGAGCUGGGACUCUAGGUGGUUGCUCAGAGCACAAUGCUCUCAUCAUGAUCUAUCCCCACGAAAUCGAUUGGCAAUACAUCCAGAACAUCACGGGCGAUGAUUCGUGGUCUCCAGCUAAUAUGCGAACCUACUACGAAAGACUGGAGAAUUGUCAUUAUCUCCCAAACAGUGUCAUUGGACAUGGAUUCGAUGGGUGGAUGCCUACCACUGUGACAAAUCCAGAGUUGAUCGUACAAGAUCAAAAAGUACUCUCUUUGGUACUUGCAGCAGCUACAACUAUGGGUCAAAACUGGGGUCUUUUGGGCAAGAUCAUCACCACUGUCGCGGGACUAGCCGAAAUAUUGCUAUUGGAUAUUAAUAAUCCAUCUCCGGAACGUUACAAUACCGAAGCUCUCUACCAAGUUCCUCUCUCCAUGAAUUUCCCCGAAUAUUCAAGAGCUUCUCCUCGAGAAUGGGUAUUGAGUAUCGCUAAUGCAAAAAACGCUGAUGGCUCGCGGAAAUAUCACCUUGAUCUCCAAAUCAACACUCUUGUCACCAAGGUCACUUUCAAUACUACAGGACCCACUCCCAGAGCCACUGGUGUUGAGUUCCUUGUGGGCCAGAGUCUAUAUCGUGCCGACCCACGCAGCAAUGCUUCAACGCCAAACGGAACUCCUAGAAGCGUCAAGGCGACGCGAGAAGUCAUUGUUUCUGGUGGAGCAUUCAACACUCCACAAAUCCUCAAGCUCAGUGGUAUAGGUCCAGCCGCGGAACUCAACAGCUUCGGCAUACUAGUAAUCAAAGACCUUCCCGGAGUAGGUACCAACUUGCAAGACCGCUACGAGAUCGGUGUCGUCGGAAAAUCCAGCUCAAAUUUCUCUCUCCUACAAGACUGCACCUAUCUACAAGGUUACGACCCUUGCCUCGUCCAAUGGGAAGACGUACCCCUCCUCAAAGGCGCCUAUUCAACCAACGGCAUCGCACUCGCCUACCCAAAGCAUUCCUCCAUCGCAGUCGACGUCCCGGAUCUCUACCUCGGCGGCGUACCAGCGUACUUCAAAGGCUACUUCCCGAAAUACGCAGAGUUCGCUACAGCAGACAAAAGUAUCUGGACCUGGUUGACUCUGAAAGCACACUCUCGCAACAAUGCUGGUACUGUACAGCUGAGAUCGGCUGAUCCGCGCGAUACCCCUAACAUUACAUUCAACUCUUUCAAUGGUGCUGGCGGAGAAGAGGACCUACAGGCCGUGUACGAAGGAAUGCAGUUCGGGAUAGAAGCGUUCGAGAAUUUGAUCCCUCUCGAUGGAGGAUUCGAAAGGGUCUGGCCAACGCCCAACAUCACAUCGGAAGCCGAUCUAAAAGAGUUUGCGCGAAACGAGGCGUGGGGACAUCAUGCAUCUUGUACUUGUCCCAUUGGAGCCGAUGAUGAUGAGAUGGCGGUAUUAGAUGCGGACUUCAGGGUGAGGGGCGUCGAUGGGUUGAGGGUUGUGGAUGCGUCUGUGUUUCCUAAGAUUCCUGGAUUUUAUAUCGUCCUUCCGAUUUAUAUGAUUAGUGAGAAGGCUGCGGAUGUGAUUAUUGCCGCUGCUGGUGCUUCUUAACGGGAUGUUAGAGUACUGCCGUGUUGGCACUGUUUUCCGAU